CAUUACAACUAAAAUAUAAGCAAAUUAAAUGUUUCAGUUGGCUACGUAGAUUGCUGCCGACCCCACCGAGAGUCGAACCAGCAUCAGCAGAGGGGAAAGCAAAACUUAAAUCAGACGAUCGUACCAUUGGACUACCAGAACCCAUUCAAUAGCCUUUAAUGCCUUUAAUGGUGUUGUGCGCAGGUUCUGUUGGAGCGGCUAUGGGCAGAUAUGCAGUUUUGUCAACUGAUUACUCUCCAACGGUUGCAAUCACAGAUGAUCUCUGCUCCCAAUUUUUAAGUUUUUUCCUAGACAAAGUCUCCAAUAUUAGGAGUCUAAUAAUUUCCCCCGGAGAUGUUCUGCUGCCCGUAUCUGUUUGUACCGGAAGCUUUGACCAUUUUGAGCCGAUCACACUGCCUGCCUUGGAGAGAUUAAUAUUUUCCAUGAAGCCAUCAGGAUGUCCUGAUGACAUUGUACUAGCCAGACUCUUCCAGGAGGUUCUUCCAGUGGUAGCCCCUUAUGUGCUCAACAUUAUUAACUCCAGCCUUGUUUUGAGAAUUAUACCCUCUUUUUUUAAACAUGCCAUGCUUCAACCACUACUGAAAAAAUCUGGCCUAGACCCAACUGUCCUCGGGAACUUUUGCCCCAUUUCACAGCUCCCCUUCUUUGUCAAACGUGUUGGAAAAGGCUGUUUAUAAUUAAAUGUUGCCCCAUCUAAACAAUUUUGGGGUCUCUUGGAAUUAAAGUGGAUGUGGCUCUAAAAAUGGACCCUCACGUUAAUCACAUGGUUAAAUCAUGAUUUUAUCAGCUGAGACGUCUUUCCAAACUAAAACCCAUUCUGAAUCGGCGCCACCUCGAGACAACCAUUCACGCUUUCAUUACCACAAGGUUGGAUUACUCCAAUGCAAUUCUGUUUGGCAUUUCAAAACCACAUUAUCUCACCUUCAGCUGAUACAAAAUGCAACAGCAAGGUUUCUGACUAACCCCGGGUUUCCACGGGAGCCGUCAGCAGCACGUUACUGCAGCAGCACGUCUUGCUCGCGUAUGCUGCUGCUUGGCCCUUCCCACGAGACGCGAAGCAGCAGGAGAGCAGCUGUCACCGACCGAGCACGAAGUCACACGAGUGACUUCGUCAGUAAACACAACAACAAGCAGGAGAAAACUACAACAUGGUUUGUGUUUUAUGUUCUGUCCGUUUUAUAAUCGCCAAUACGGACCUGAAAAACAAAGGAGACCGCUAGCUAGGUGAUAACUUCUCACGGGGACGCACAGUUAGUAACUUUUUUUAAAGUAAAGCAACCGGAAAGCAGUACGUUCUUUAUUCUGAAAAUCUCGGGUGCUUUUCUCCAUUUCCGCGUCCGAUUUCCUGUCUUUCCUUCCCCAAACAUGUCUAAAUUGACCCGUUUCAGAGGCGUCGCGCGUAGGAAAUAGAACCGGCGCGUAAAGGCCGCGACAUGCUGCUCCAGAGACGCGGCCGACUCGCGCUGCUGAUGGCUGCUGACGGCUCCCGUGGAAAAGGUUCUGUUGACCACAGCGGUUCCUAUCAGCAGCUAUGACGUGCUGCUGCAGUAACGUGCUGCUGACGGCUCCUGUGGAAAGCCGGGGUAAUACUGGCCGUCGGCAGCACAUGACUCCAAUUUUAGCAAGACUUCACUGGCUUCCUGUGCACUACCGUAUACGUUUUAAAAUGUUAUUGUUUGUUUUUAAGGCGCUGAAUGGCUUAGCACCACCUUACAUAUCCGAGUUACUCCUUAUGUGCCGGGCAGGACUCUCCGUUCAGGUGACCUACACCUACUACAGAUUCCCCGUCUACGCUGCAAAACCCGUGGUGAACAAGCUUUUUCUGUCUGCGCUCCGAAACUCUGGAAUGAUCUCCCGCUGAAUAUCAGACUCUCCUCCUCCAUUGGGGUUUUUAAGUCUCACUUAAAGACUUAAUUUUAUUCACUUGUUUUUACUGCCUAGCUAUUUUAUCGAUGGUUUAUUUACACUGUUCUUUUACCGAUUUUAUUGACUUCUCUUGUUUGGUUCUUUGUGCUAUGCUCUAGCUGUUUUAUUCUUUUAUAUUAUUCGUUUAACCUUAUAUGUUUUUACCCCCGUACAGCACUUUAGUCAGAUCACAUGCUGUUUUUAAAUGUGCUUUAUCAAAUACAUGGAAUGGAAUGGAAAUGGAAUAUUCGCUAAAAGAAACUUUUUCAUUUUGGGAUAUAUUCAGGCUUUGUCAUGUAGCAAGUUAUAAUUUUCUUGUUUAAUUGGAGCAAAGAGCAUAGCAUUAACAAUUGUAAACUAGUAACAGCCGUAAUUCAUGUGGGUCAGGUUAGUUUGCGAUAAAGUUGAAAAACAAAAACAGAAGAAGUCAGUGGGCUAGGCUGAGUUUGCGUGUGGGCUUGCCGCUGAUGUCUCCCGGGACUCUGCCGGCUGCUGGUUGUGGCCCCCCGGGGCGAUCCUCUGUGCCUCUCGAGGGGGGCGGGGGCCUUUCUGGUUGCAGUCUCCUUGAGGUUCCUGUGUUCUGGGGCAGCGCCUGGAUCUCUGGGACUUGGAGCUCCCCCCUUCUCCUGCGCAUCUUUGGGGGGCGGAUCUGUGGUCCCUCACACUCUGUGUUGGACGCUCCUAUAGAGAAACCUAACAUAAACAAGCGCGUGUACACACACAGGUGCUCACAUGGUGCUCUCAAAAGUAUGGGCUUGGACACGUUAAACACAGGUCUUAAGACUAUGGUGGGCACUUAAUGCACUGUGAUUUAUUAUCGUGAUUCUUCAGUUAAGCAAUGUUGAUUAUAUAUUUCUUCAUCAAGUUGACGCAGUGAUAGCUUGAUCUUGUUGUAUUGUUGUUGUGUCCCAUUUUUUUUGUCCUUUUGCUUUUUUUGUCUUUUUCUGCAGGUCUAGAAGCAGACUCUUGUUCAUUGUUUAUUUUUGUGGAACACUCUUCACCCAUUCCCACCUUUUCUUUUCCUUUCUCUUUCACCUCUUUCUCCAUGUCUGGUCGGAAUUACAAAGCAUUCGAAAACAAUAACGAUAAAGUUUUAAGUAUCAGGCGUGACAUUAAAAGCAGACGUUUUGAUGCUCCACCUGAGAGUAAAUCUGUAAGGCUUGUUACCAGCAUUCAGACAUCAAUUCUGCUUGCUUCACAGCCAGACAGGACACGGUAAAAAAAAAACAAAAAAAGCCGUAAUUCAUGUGGGUCAGGUUAGUUUGCGAUAAAGUUGAAAAACAAUAACAGAAGAAGUCAGUGGGCUAGGCUGAGUUUGCGUGAAUGGGCAGGGCUGACUCUGGUGCAGCUCCGCCUUUGUAGUUCUGCAGGAGCACCCUCUCAUGCCAAGGGGCAGCAACAAUGAUAAUUAUUAUUAUAUGAGCCAGGGAGGAUAGACUUUAAUAAUAAUAAUAAAAAUAAUAUAUUAAUAAUAAUAAAAUUAUUAUAUGAGCCAGGGAGGAUAGACUUUAUUCAGAGAGGAUACAUAAGAGUCCUGCGUCUCCUGCAGCCUUGAUGCUUUUCUGGCACACCACAGGAUAAAUUAGGAGUAUUGGCUCAAGUUCAUAGACUUCAUAUCAACAUCAGUGUCAGAUUGACCUGCAUGAAGAAGUCUGGCCUGGUUAUGUCACUAGUAUGUGUGCUUUAUUAGUCACACACUGAACACACAGGUUCUUGCUGUUCAUCCAGAGUCGUGUCCACUAGGUGGCAGCAGUCCACCUUUACGUUGGUUGUACAGAAGAAGAAGAAACCCGGAAGCUGCUAGCAGCGCUAGCUUGUUGUUGUUCUGGUGUGUGAGGUGAAUGAAUAUUUGAGUCUCUGGGAGAGUUGAUCGGCUAAAGCGACUAACUGCUGCUGCUGCAGAAAUCUUCUCACCAGGCUGUGGAAACCUACUUCUCCUCCUCAACAACUUGGUGGACUUCUUUCCAGAACCAGAGAAGAUAUUCUGCGGUCUUCGUGGCAAUCGGAGCUCCAGAAGCAGCUGUUAGCUAAACACGGCUAAAGAAAACCUGCUACCACUUCACGAUCAUCCAUCAGCUGGGACUGCUUCAUCAGCAUGGACACAGAUGUUCUCCAGAUGGUUAAAGAAGAAGCUUCUGAAGAUCAGAAUGCUGGUGUGCAGCACCCAGAACAGUUCCACAUAAAGGAGGAACAGGAGGAACUCUGGACCAGUCUGGAAGGAGAGCAGCUCCUUUUGAAGAAGGAGACUAAUUCUGCCAGGUUUCCAUUCAUAUCAGGUUCUAUAAAAAGUGAGGAUGAUGAAGACAAACCUCUGGUCUUACAUCUUCUUUAUCAGCAGCAAAUAGAGGACAGAGAUGUUCCAACCAACAGCUCAGCUGACCAGACAACAGCAGAAACUGGCAGAGAAGCAGAAUCUAGCAGGAACCCAGUUCUGAACCCCGAUGAACAGAUAUCUGAUUCUUCAGAGACUGAAGUUAGUGGAGAUGAUGUGAAUCUAAAUGUUGAGCUAUUAGACUCUAGUUCUGAAACUGGAGAUGGAGACACUGACUGCAAUGAGAGCAGGUCUUCUGAGUCAGAUAUUAAGACUGUCAACAAAUCCUUUUGCUGCCUUGAGUGUGGUAAAGAGUUUCUCCACAAGUGGUCUCUCCAGAGACAUGAAAGAGUGACGAGCCAUUCAGCAAUAAGAUCUUCAGGAUGUGUGGUUAAUAAGAAAAAUGUUAGAGUAAAGCAACAUGUAGACUUUUGCAGGAAAGUCCAGAAUGAACCAAAAACAUUUAGUUGUGACAUUUGUCACAUUCAUAAUAAAUGUUUAAACAGACACAUGAGAGUCCACACAAGAGAGAAACCCUUUGCCUGUGAGCUCUGUGAACAAAGAUUUAGACGUAAAUUCACAUUAAACCGUCACAUGAGAGUCCACACAGGACAGAAACUGUUUGAGUGUGAGCUCUGUGAACAAAGAUUUAGUCGUAAAUUCACAUUAAACCGUCACAUGAGAGUCCACACAGGACAGAAACUGUUUGCGUGUGAGCUCUGUGAACAAAGAUUUAGUCAAAAAUCAACAUUGAACACUCACAUGAGAGUCCACACAGGACAGAGACCGUUUGCGUGUGAACUCUGUGGGAAAAGCUUUACUCUAAAGGGAAAUUUGAACACUCACAUGAGAGUCCACACAGGACAAAAACCCUUUGUGUGUGAGCUAUGUGGACAAAGAUUUAGUUUUAAGCAAACAUUAGACACUCACAUGAGAAUCCACACAGGACAAAAACCCUAUGCGUGUGAGCUCUGUGAACAAAGAUUUAGUCAAAAAUCAACAUUAAACAGUCACAUGAGAAUCCACACAGGACAGAAACCAUUUGUGUGUGAAAUCUGUGGAAAAAGCUUUACUCUAAAGACAAAUUUGAACUCUCACAUGAGAGUCCACACAGGACAGAAACCGUUUGUGUGUGAACGCUGUGGAAAAAGCUUUAAUCGAAGGACAAAUUUGAACACUCACAUGAGAGUCCACACAGGACAGAAACUCUUUGCCUGUGAGUUAUGUGGACAAAGAUUUAGCCAUAAGAAAAAUUUAAACAGUCACAUGAGAGUCCACAAAGGACAUUACAAAUAAAUUUAAAGUGCACUUUUACUGAUAAACAGUGUAAGUACGUGACUAAAAAUGCUGUAGACAGGUGAGGUCAUUAUUUUAGCAUUUUUUUGCAUCUUAUGUAACACUCCCACUGUCCCUUGAGGUCCUUGUGGCAGGGGUGAGGAGUGAGCACCACCUCACCCCUGCCACGUGGACCUUAAGGGGUAAAACAUCAACCCUGCUCAAUGGUCACCUUUCCUCGCGGGGUCACCCAUUAGGACAGUGGGAGGGUUAGAAUGUAAACAUUCAGCUUGAAACUGCUCAUUCUCCUCUGACCUCUAGCAUCAACAAGGCAUAUUCGCCCACAGGACUGCCGCAUACUGGAUGUUUAUCCCUUUUCACAUCAUUCUUUGUAAACCCUAGAAAUGGUUGUGUGUCCAGACACACUGGAAAAGUAAAGGAAUCCUAUACCUGGAACACUUAAAUAAAGGAUUGGGCUUCAUCCCAUUUAAUAGAAUAGUCUCCCAAUGUGGAAUAGAUAAGAAUAGCUUUUUAGAAUAUCACCAAAUCAAAUCAAUAGUUAAACAAAAGUUUAAGUGUAAUAAAGUAGAAUUACAAACACCACCAAGGGUACUAGACUUCUGUAAUCUCAAACACCCCAAACUACAGUCCAAAAUUUAUAAGACACUGUCCAAAAUAGAUGAUAGAAUAGCAAUCCCUAUUGAAAAAUGGGAGGUGGGUCUAUCUGUCAGCUUUGACCAGAACUUCUGGACCCAAACUUGUUUAAAAACUUUUAAAAUGAUCAGACACCCCAAUUUACAAUUAAUUCAAUUCAAAAUUCUGCACAGAGUACACUAUACAGGUCAUCGGAUGUUCAGGAUGGGGUUUGUGUCGUCUGACACCUGUACACACUGCACACACAACAUUCCUGACAAUUACAUCCACGCACUGUGGUCCUGUCCACCUGUCCAGGAAUUUCGAGGUAGAGUAUGUGAAGACCUGUCAAAGUGUCUGAAAUGUCAUAUCCCAACUUCCCCCUCUCUUUGUUUACUGGGAAACCUGGACGAUGUCCCGAUUGAAACAUCUUUGGUUCACGUGGUUCUGACUGCCAUAUCCAUCGCUAAGUCAAAUCAAAUCAAAUCAACUUUAUUUAUAUAGCACUUUUCAUACAAAAAAUGCAACUCAAAGUGCUUUACAGAUUAAAAUGGCCCCAUAGAUCCCACAUUCCCAUCCCAGCCCCCCUCCCCAAGUAUAAAACAAUUAAAAAUUACAGUUCCCCUCCCGCACCCAACUUCCAAAGUGGACAUACAAUCACCCGCACACACACACACACACACACUCGUGAACACCAGAGGAAACAAUAGGCUGAGUUCAGAUGGGUCAGGUAAUGAACGACACAUCAUCAGCGGAGCCAUCUGCCUUGGCAGCAACAGAUCCACGGCAGCAGCCAAGACACCGGCCCAUGACGCCCAGUGGCGUAGGGCAGAAACCCCCACCAGUGCCCGGGCACUACCUGGGGAGCGCCCCGGCCGCCGCCGCCCCUGACCACCGGCCCCAAGGCAGAGGGCUCCGCAGAGGAAACACUGGAGGAUUUAAGAUAUAUAACAUAUAAAAUAAUAAAAGCUAAUAAUGAUAAAAAGUAACUGAUAAAAAGUGAUUAUAAAGAUAGUAAAAGAAAACAUAAUCAUAUAAAAACACUAAGAUGUAUAUAAAAUGAUAAAAAUAAUAAAAGAGAUAAAUAUGUAUUUAUAGAUAAAUAGUAAUCAGUUAAAAGCUAAGCUAAAAAGAUGGGUCUUGAGCCUAUUCUUAAAAGCCUGGAUGUUCCCUUCGGACCUGAGGUCCUCCGGCAGCCCGUUCCAAAGGCGAGGGCCGUAAUACUUGAAGGACGCCUCGCCGUGGGUGUGAGUCUUAACUUUAGGGAUAACUAGGAGACGGCUGCCAGAGGAGCGCAGAGACCGCGAGGGUUUAUACAGUAAAAGCAGUUCUGAAAGAUAAGAAGGCCCAAGACCAUUAAGACACUUAAAAACCAUUAAAAGAACCUUAAAAUCAAUCCUGAAACAUACGGGGAGCCAGUGCAGUGAUUUUAAAACCGGAGUGAUGUGCUCCCGCUUCCUGGUCUUCAUCAGGACACGUGCUGCUGAGUUUUGUAAAAGUUGUAAACCUGAGAUGCUCUUUUUGGGAAGACCAGAAAGCAGGGCAUUGCAGUAAUCAAUUCUACUGGUUACAAAAGCAUGCACUAGCGUCUCCGUAUUGGCCCAAGAGAGAAUGGGUCGGACUCUGGCGAUAUUCUUAAGAUGGUAAAAACCUAUUUUUGUGAUGUUUUUAAUGUGGGGGAUAAAAGUCAGCUCAGAAUCGAAAAUAACGCCCAGAUUCUUCACUUGCAGUGAUGGAUAAAAAGACACUGAUUGUAGUUUAGGUAAAAGUUUCUCUCUCUGGGUCUCAGGACCGAUGACUAAAACUUCAGUUUUGCCCUGGUUGAGCUGGAGAAAGUUUUCAGUCAUCCAUGAUUUAAUAUCUAAAAUGCAAUUAAAAAGUGUUUCCAUUGGCUGAGAGUCAUCAGGAGACACGGAGAUGUACAACUGUGUAUCAUCAGCGUAACUGUGGAAAUUCACCCCAUGUCUCCUGAUGACGCUGCCCAGAGGGAGCAUAUAGAGGUUAAAAAGUACUGGGCCUAGAAUUGAUCCCUGAGGCACCCCGCAUGUGAUGCUGUGGACCCCAGAGGAACAGGUAUCCAGACUCACCAUAAAAGUCCUGUCUGUGAGGUAGGAAGUAAACCAACUGUGAACAACACCAGAGAGGCCGAUCUGUUUUAAACGGGUUAAAAGAAUAGUGUGGUCUACUGUAUCAAAGGCAGCGCUUAGAUCCAGCAGAACCAACAUUGUUGCCCUCCGAGCAUCAUAAUUUGUUCUAAAAUCAUUUAAAAUCUUCAGAAGGGCCGUCUCAGUGCUGUGGUUCACCCUAAAACCAGACUGAAAUUUCUCUAGGACAUGUUGGUGGUUGAUAAAAUCAUUAAGUUGUAUUAAAACAAGCUUCUCUAAAAUUUUGCUUAAAAAUGGUAAGUUGGAUACCGGUCGGAAAUUGUUAAAGUCAUUAAAAUCUAAAUUGCUCUUCUUCAACAGGGGUCUGACCACCGCCCGUUUAAAAGCAGCAGGAAAGACCCCCGUCUGAAGGGAACAGUUCAUCAAAGUUAAAGAAAACUAUCCUCACGAACUGGAAAAAUAGAGAUACUCUUUGCAUUAACCAGUAUAGAAAUAUUUUGUUAGAUCACAUUACACUUGAUAUAGCCUCUGCUUCCACCUCAAAUCAAUCUCUCUGGGCUCUUUUGAUCACAUAGCAGUGAUGGGGGGUCAUUGAUAUUGUCCUGCGGGAUAAUGUGGGUGAUAGGGUGGGGGGUUUGAGUUUGGAGUGGGUCUGGGGCUGGGGGGCUGCUGCCCUGCUCUGGAGGUGCUUGGGUUGCCUCAGGGGGUGGACUACUAGCGGUUGUGAGUGGGGCCCCUUGUGGCAUCUUGGGGGUGGCCGUGGGUUGCUGCCUGGUGGCUGCAUUGCUCCUGAGUGAGUCUGGGUGGGGGCGACCCCGUGUAGGGAUCUGGGCGGGGCCGUGGGGAUUGGGUCCUGAGUGUGGGGCAUUUUGGGAACAGAGGUGCCUAUUCAGGCGUGGGAAUGAACUGCACAACCAACUGGCCAGCCGGGCCGAUGGGUCAGAAAAGUUACCGGCCCCGCUGAGAAUCUACCGGCCCAGCAGGUCAUCUGCUAAAACGAGUAAAAAUCACAACUAAAAAAAAUAAAUAAAUAAAUAAAAAAUGGAAAGGUGAGUUUUUUCAAACAGACAUUUUAAGAAAAAAAAAUAAUAAAAGAAAAUAAUGAAAGAAGCAAGAGAUGGCAGCUAAAAAUACAAAAAAAAAAUUUAAGAUUUAAAAAAAUGCUGAUGACUUACGAUGCAAAUCACAAAUGGCUGCUUCCUACAGGGCUUUGCUCUUUCUUUUUAUUAUGUAGAAGUGCAACAUUUUCUGUUCAAUUUGAGACUUGCUAUAAAAGCAGGAGUUACAAGAGUUGGCAGGAGUAUUGGAGCAGGUGUAGCGCCCAGCAAUGGUCAGUUUAGGUACAGCCUGACCUUUCCCAUCUAUUCAACAUCUGAUCAGAAAGAAGAUACAACAUUGCAGGACUUUGUUUUAUGAGGCUAUGGCUAUUGUUAAUAGUCGUCCCUUAACUGUUUACAACAUUAACGAACCUAACGUACCUGAACCACUCACUCCUUAUCGUCUUAUCCUUAUGAAGUCUAAAAUCGCUUUACCACCACCUGGAACUUUUUUCAAAGAAGACGUGUAUGCACUUCAAAGGUGGCGUGGAGUACAGUUUCUUGUAGAACAAUUCUGGAGCAGAUGGAAAAGAGAAUAUCUCAGUAACCUCUCUCAGACAAAAAUGGCACAAACUGCGCCGCAAUGUAAAGGUGAAUGACAUAGUCCUUGUUAAAGAUGAUGUACUUCCAAGAUGUCAGUGGCAACUGGGUCGUGUGAUUGGCACUGCAGAGGGAAAAGACGGAAUAGUCCGAAGAGUUAAGGUUCAGAUGGGAAACAGAGGUCUGAAUGAUAGACAGAACCGUGUCCGUUCUUGAACAUCCUGUACAAAAACUGGUUGUGUUAGUUGAGAGUUAAGUUUUUGCUCUUUGUUUUUAAUUAGGAAGUAAAAUACAGUACUGUUAACUGCCAUUUGUCUACUUUAAAAUCACGUGAAGUAUUUUUUGCAUAAAUCAUGAUUUGGUGGGAGUGUAAAUGGCUGCGAGCAGGUGGAUUGUCAACGUCACUCAUUCAAUUGCAUAUAAGUGGGCGUUAACCCGGAUGUGGACGUGGCGUUGGCAUUCCACCUGGCUUGGCGUGUUGCAGCAGACCAAACUUCCACGUAAGUGCGGGUAUUUUGACUAAAAUUGAUUAAAUAAGAACGUGUCGCCCUAACAAAUGCUUGUACAUUAAGUCUAUGGUCUUGCUGUGCCAAGCCUCUACGUGCCAUUACUUUGAUUGCACCCCAUGGCAAGAGGAGCAAGGUAUUUGUUCUUUGUUUCUGUUUGUUGCUCCUGAUUGUCAGCGAUUGUCUUUAAUUUGUUUGUAAAUGAUGUAUUUUCAGUUUUCACGGUGUUUGCACAGUGACCGGCACCAGGUGCUCGGUGCGAUUCUGGGAAUGAGGUGUGUGCAUCUACAGCCUGACGCAAAUAAAAAGUUACACCUGU